GCCUUCCAGGUUUAAGACAAAGUAGAACGAAGGAGUUUAUACAGUAUGAUUGGUGUCCUACUAGGUUAUAUUCUCAACAAAUUCGUAAAUUGUUUCACAAAAUAAUUAAUGGAUUCCUAAUACCAACUAUAGUAUUAAUGAAAUAACAUUCCAUAAGGUUGUAUUGUUUAGCAUUGUCUGUGGCUUUGUACCCGAUGUUUCUCGUGUUAAGUUUAGGUAAGAUUGCUCUGCUGUAACAGAGCUGUUCGUAAACAAGCUUAAUGUUGUUUUUAUAAACAACUUCUUCGCAGACACGAGUGCUGUAACUUGCUUUUCAAUAUUUCGAGUUGCAAUUGCUUUCUUAAACACAAAGGUACAGCCAUUUUAUGAGUUAGCUGGCGAUAUCUAACGAUACAUUUUUUUUUUACAUCUCAUGUCUAAAGCAAAACGUUUUGUGGGUUUAGUUCUAGUUGUAAGUUCAGCUCAGGUUAGAUCAUUAUGCCUAUUAAGUGCAGCAGUUGUGCAAAAAACAGGGCGGUGCUCAGACGACCGAAGACCGGCCAUUCGUUAUGUAAACCCUGCUUCUUCUGGGCUUUUGAGGAAGAGAUUCACCAAACCAUCGUUUCGGCUCGGCUGUUUAAUCGUGGGGAGACUGUAGGGAUCGGCGCAUCAGGAGGAAAAGACUCUACUGUGUUGGCUUACGUUCUGAAAGUCCUGAAUGUGCGCUAUGAUUACGGCCUCAAGCUGCUGCUGCUCGCAGUGGACGAAGGCAUCACAGGAUACCGCAACGAUUCUCUAGAAACGGUGAGAAGAAACGAACAGCAGUACGAUCUGCCCCUCACCAUCGUGUCCUAUGAAGAUCUCUAUGGCUGGACCAUGGACGCUAUUGUCAAACAAGUGGGCCGAAAGAACAACUGCACUUUUUGCGGCGUGUUUCGGAGGCAGGCGCUUGAUCGGGGAGCCAUGAUGCUGAACGUGGACAAGAUUUGUACAGGUCACAAUGCGGACGAUGUGGCAGAGACAGUGCUGAUGAAUGUGCUGAGAGGAGAUAUUGCUCGUCUGCGUCGCUGUACAGUGAUCAGCACAGCCAGUGAUGGUGAGGGAGCAAUACCACGCUGCAAACCUCUCAAAUACGCAUAUGAAAAAGAAAUUGUCCUCUAUGCCUACUUCAAGAAGCUUGACUACUUCUCAACUGAGUGUAUUUACUCACCCAAUGCUUACCGUGGCCAUGCACGUACCUUCCUCAAAGACCUUGAGGCAGUCAGGUCUAGUGCCAUCAUGGACAUCAUCCACUCAGGUGAGAACCUCUCUGUGAAGGAAGGAGUGAAGAUGCCUGUGCAAGGAACAUGCUUACGAUGUGGUUACAUCUCCAGUCAGGCACUAUGCAAGUCCUGUGUGUUGUUGGAGGGCCUGAAUCGAGGCUUGCCAAAACUCGGGAUAGGCAAACCCCACCGGCUCCAUGACAAGAUCUUCACCCAGCAGGCUUUAACACAACAGGAGGAGAAGAAGCUAAAGUCAAUGGAAUUUUGAAGAGGUGUUUCUGCAUAUGAAAGUAUAUACAUAUAUAUUAUAUACACACACACAGGGUCAGGGUGCUAUUUUGUUGCAAUGAUUUAUUGUUGAUCUCUCUUUGUUAUUCUACAAUAAACCAGACUAUUGCAUUGAA